CUACAGUUGCAUGCUGGGAGCUGUCAUCUAUGCUAGAGAGCAGUGCUCCUUUGCACAGGUGAGACACCUGCUAUGUGUUUGGGGUUUGACGUCAGUGAUCCUGAGAUCUUAGGUGAUGGUUUCUCAUGAGUGUAGAGCUGGCCUCUAGCUGGACGUGGAGGGAGAAUGAACACAGAAGAAGUGGAGUUAUUAAGUGACUCCAAGUAUAGGAAUUAUGUGGCAGCUGUGGACAAAGCAUUGAAAAACUUUGAAUAUUCCAGUGAAUGGGCCGAUUUAAUAUCUGCGCUUGGCAAGCUGAACAAGGUAUUACAGAACAAUGCAAAAUAUCAAGUUGUUCCUAAAAAGCUAACAAUAGGUAAGAGGCUGGCACAAUGCCUUCACCCAGCGCUUCCUGGGGGUGUCCACAGGAAAGCACUGGAAACCUACGAAAUCAUCUUCAAAAUCAUUGGCCCAAAGCGUUUGGCCAAGGAUCUCUUCCUGUACAGCUCCGGCCUUUUUCCUCUACUUACAAAUGCUGCAAUGUCUGUCAAACCAGUAUUACUUAGUCUAUAUGAGAUGUACUACCUACCUCUAGGUAAGACCUUAAAACCUGGAUUGCAAGGAUUGCUGACUGGAAUUCUCCCUGGCCUGGAGGAAGGCUCUGAGUACUAUGACAGAACCAACACACUAUUGGAGAAGGUGGCAUCAGCUGUAGAACAGUCCGCUUUCUUCAGUGCCCUGUGGGGAAGUCUCCUCACUAGCCCUGCGGUGCGUUUGCCUGGCAUCACCUAUGUGCUCUCACACCUAAACAGGAAGCUUUCAAUGGAGGACCAGCUGUAUAUUAUUGGCAGUGAUAUUGAACUAAUGGUGGAGGCUGUAAGCACAUCUGUGCAGGAUUCCAGUGUACUUGUGCAGAGGAGCACAUUAGACCUCAUUCUCUUCUGCUUCCCCUUCCACAUGAGUCAGGCAACGCGUCUUGAUAUGAUCCGUAUUCUGUCUGCAGCAUUGCGUGUGGUAUUACGCAGGGACAUGUCAUUGAACCGGAGACUUUAUGCAUGGCUUCUUGGCUUCGAUAACAAUGGGGCUAUUGUAGGACCAAGAACCACAAGGCAAAGUAAUCCUGAAGAGCAUGCCAGCUACUACUUCAAUAAUUUCUCCAAGGAGCUGCUAGUUCAGGCUAUGGUGGGAAUCUUGCAAGGAAAGGAGCUGAACAGAGAGAGUGCACCAGUGCAAGAUUUAAAGCCAUUUCGUAUUCUUAUAAGUCUUCUGGACAAACCUGAGCUAGGUCCUGCGAUUUUGGAAGAUGUGUUAAUAGAAGUAUUUAGGACAUUAUACACACAGUGCAAAGCAGAGCUUGACCUUCAAACACAAUAUCCCUUUAGCAAAGACCCAGUGCAGCUGAGCAGUAAGUUAAGAGAAAACAAAAGAACAGCAGAACUCAUCAAAACUGCCAACCUACUGUUUAACUCCUUUGAACCUUAUUACAUGUGGGAUUACAUUGCUCGUUGGUUUGAAGAGUGCUGCAGGAGAACACUACAUUCCAGACUUCAGUCGUGUGAUGAAAGCAAUAAGCUGUCUGACUUACCACUCAUCAAUUUCUGCUUGUUAGUGGAUUUUUUAUUGGAUAUUGUGUCUUUGCCUACUAGAAGUAUGAGAGUGAUCUGUCAGGAGACAUACAUUGAAAUACAAACGGAACACUUACCUCAGUUGUUGCUCAGGAUGAUUUCUGCUCUUUCAAGCCAUCUCCAGGCUCUGGAUCUUAGGGAACUGACCGAUUCUUUAAGACUGUGCUCGAAGAUUCUCAGCAAGGUCCAACCUCCUCUUCUUUCUGACAGUAACAUGCAAUUUCCUUUUGGACAAAACAGCUCUUCUAAGGAGAGAGAUGGUCGGAAGCUAUCCCCAGUUACCUCUGAAAACCCUGGAGAUGUGUUUGAAGAUGGUGAAAAUCCACCAAGCAGUCGUUCUUCAGAGAGUGGUUUUACAGAGUUUGUUCAGUACCAAGCGGAUAGAGUGGAUGACAUUGACAGGGUAUUGGGUGAGGGUCAGGGUACAGCUGGUCUGCCCUUAGGCAGCACUUCAUCAGAAACCGAAACAGCAUCUACUGUGGGUUCCGAGGAAACGGUUGUACAAGCUUCAUCCAGAAGUCCUCAUGGAGUAGCUACUUGGAGUGCUAAAUCUACACAAAAAACUGCUAUGCAAUGUUGCUUAGAAUAUUUUCAGCAAUUUUUGACCAGACUAAUAACUUUGUAUAUUAUUCCUAAAAGUUUAGUGUCUCGUGAACUUAGUGAUCCUCCUGUAGCCCAUUUAGGGGGACAACCAGAAAACACUAGCCGGGAAAUUCCAGCACAAAAUGUUAAUGAAAAGCAAGGAUGCAAGCAAAUAUCUCCAAAAGACUACCGACUUGCCUUUAUUGCUGCUUGCCAGCUUUUCUUGGAAUGCUCAAGUUUCCCAGUUUACAUUGCAGAAGGCAGCCAGAAAGCAGAUGUUAAUACAGGAAAGACUGAUACAGACUGUGAGCAAGUGCAGCCUCCUGUUUGGUUGCAGACUCUUAUGAACGCAUGCAGUGUGGUAGUUGACUUCAGUAUUCAGAGUGUUGCAAUAUCUUUAGUCAUGGAUUUGGUGGGCCUGACGCAGUCUGUCGCAUUGGUUGCUGGAGAAAGUACAAACAGUUUGGAGCCUUCUCAGCCGUUAAGUCCCAACCAAGGGCGUGUUUCUGUUGUUAUUAGGCCGCCCCUCACAGAAGGCAAUUUAAGAUACAUGGCAGAGAAAACUGAUUUCUUUAAGACUGUUGCUCUUACACUGUGGGAGCAGUUGGGAGACAGAAGUCCGCAGCACCACCAGAGGAGUGUGGAACUUUUCUACCAGCUCCAUAACCUUGUUCCAUCUUCCAGCAUAUGCGAGGAUGUCAUCAGCCAGCAACUAACUCACAAAGACAAGAAAAUAAGGAUGGAGGCUCAUGGGAGAUUUGCUGUACUUUGGCAUUUGACCAGGGACCUUCAUAUUAAUAAGUCUUCAUCCUUUGGACGCACAUUUGACAGGUCAUUGUUUAUCAUGUUAGACAGUCUUCACAGUUUGGAUAGUUGUACUUCAUCAGUGGGGCAGGCCUGGUUAAAUCAAGUCCUCCAGAGACAUGACAUUGCAAGAGUUCUUGAGCCCCUUCUCCUGCUGCUUCUACAUCCAAAAACCCAGCGGGUGUCUGUGCAGCGUGUACAAGCUGAGAGAUAUAUGAAUAAGUCCAUCAGAUACUUUGAAGAUAACCGGAAGAUGACUCCUCGGACAUUUACUGGAAGAGAUGCCUUUGCUAAUCCAAGGAUGAAUAAUGGUCAAACAUUAUCUAAACAAGGAGGUGAAGAUGAGAUGGAGAAUUUUAGUCUUACCGUUAACCCACUAAGUGAUAGAGUUUCUCUUCUGAGUACCAGCAGUGAAACUAUUCCAAUGGUGAUAGCUGAUUUUGAUCUUCCGGAUCAACAAAUAGAAAUUCUUCAAAGCACAGAUUCCGGUGGUUCCCAGUCAUCAACAGGAGACAGUUUAAACUAUGAAGUAGAUGCAGAGAGUUUAAAUGCACAAGACAACUGUCAAAAUCCAGGGGAUGAUACUCCUGGUGAGAUUGUUCAGCAACUUCUUUCUGAUUUGAUCUCCAGGGUUGUUCAAGACCUUGAUGAGGAGGAAGAAUUGAAAUGUGCCCACCAGGAAGAUACAAUGAACAAGUUAAAUAUGUUUGGUACCUUUGUAGAUGUUGCAGAUAAUGAGAAUGGAAUUUAUGAGGGAAAUGAGAGUAGCCUUCCAUCCAAUGAGCCAUCAAACUUUUUGUCUGCAGAAGAUGGCAUUGAAAGCCUAGCAGGUGUGAUUUCCAGAAACCUUUCUUCUCCAUCCAUCAUGAGCCAACAAAACUUCACAGAUAACCUUAGUAUAGCUGGAACACAGCAAAGGAAGAGAAGUCUUGGCAACAUUCAAUUUCAUUUAAGGGGGAAAGUGACUGAAAAGGAUGCAGCUACUAAAGAAUUUCGAAAGCAACCAGGAGCAAAACCCAAAGUCAAAAUUGUCAAAAGAAAAGAGGAAGAGAAGAAAAAAGCACAAACUGAUAAAAUAAAGCAGACCAAUGUUUUCUUCAGUGAGGGGCUAGAUUUAGAGAACUGGUACAGUUGUGGAGAAGGGGAAAUAUCAGAAAUUGAAAGUGAUGUGGGAUCUCCUGGCGUACGUAAAUCUCCACAUUUUAACAUUCAUCCUCUGUAUCAGCAUGUGCUUUUGUACCUGCAGCUUUAUGAUUCUUCAAGGACAUUGUAUGCUCUUUCAGCCAUUAAAGCUAUAUUAAAAACAAGUCCAAAAGUCUUUGUAAAUGCCAUCUCAACUACCAGUGUUAGUAAUGCGUAUACGCCUCAGCUAUCUUUGCUUCAAAAUCUACUGGCCAGGCAUCGAAUCUCAGUUAUGGGAAAAGAUUUUUAUAGCAAUAUUCCACUGGAUUCAAAUCACAAUUUUCGUAGCUCAAUGUAUAUAGAAAUUGUAAUAUCUUUAUGUUUAUAUUUUAUGAGGAGCCACUAUCCUACUCACAUUAAAGUGACUCAGCAAGACCUGAUAGGUAAUCGGAACAUGCAAAUGAUGAGCAUUGAAAUUCUAACUCUGCUUUUCACCGAGCUUGCAAAUGUUAUAGAGAGUUCAGCAAAGGGCUUUGCUAGUUUUAUAUCUGAUAUGUUGUCAAAGUGCAAAGUUCAGAAGGUGAUUUUGCACUGUCUUCUAUCAUCAAUUUUCAGUGCACAAAAAUGGCACAGUGAACGAAUGGCUGAGAAGAACAAUAUGGCCAUUGAAGAAGGUUUUUCGGAAGAUAGCCUUAUUAACUUUUCAGAGGAUGAAUUUGACAAUGGCAGCACCUUGCAGUCUCAGCUCUUGAAAGUCCUUCAAAGUCUAAUUGUACUGGAACAUCAUGUGUUGACUGUUCCAGAAGACAAUGAAGCAGGAUUUGAUUUUGUUAUAAUGGAUUUAGAACAUAUAAAUCCUCAGCAGCCAAUGACUUCACUCCAGUAUUUGCAUUCCCAGCCAAUCACAUGCCAAGGAAUGUUCCUCUGUGCCGUUAUCAGAGCAUUGCACCAGCACUAUACAUGUAAAAUGCACCCUCAAUGGAUUGCCCUUAUUACAAACACAUUACGUUAUAUGGGAAAAAUCCUACAAAAAGUUGUUGUAUCUGUGACUUUACAGCUUUGCAGAAAUCUGGAUAACUUAAUUCACCAAUACAAAUAUGAAACUGGAUUAUCAGCCAACAAGCCUCUUUGGAUGGCGUCUUUUAUUCCACCAGAUAUGAUUUUAACUCUCUUAGAAGGUAUUACAUCUAUAAUUCACUACUGCCUACUUGAUCCAUCUGCACAGUACCAUCAGCUUAUGGUGAAUGUAGAUCAGAAACAUUUGCUGGAAGCUCGCAGUGGAAUCCUGUCUAUUCUUCAUCUGAUCAUGUCUUCUGUUACCCUGCUGUGGAGCAUCCUGCACCAAGAUGAUACUGAAAGUACUGCCGCCUCUGUCGCCACAAUCAACCUUGGCUCAACAAAGAACCUGAGACAGCAGAUUUUGGAGCUUCUAGGACCUAUUUCCAUGAAUCAUGGUGUCUACUUUAUGGCAGCCAUUGCAUUUGUGUGGAAUGAAAGAAAACGAAGGAAAAACACAGAAGCAGCACGCACAAAGGUAAUCCCAACGGCAAGCGAAGAGCAGCUUCUGCUUGUAGAGCUGGUGCGUUCCAUUAGUGUGAUGAGAACAGAGACCGUCAUACAGACCGUGAAGGAGGUAUUAAAGCAGCCACCAGCUAUAGCUAAAGACAAGAAGCAUCUUUCUCUUGAGGUCUGCAUGUUACAGUUCUUUUAUGCCUAUGUGCAGAGGGUUCCUGUCUCCAAUCUUGUAGAUAGCUGGGCAUCUCUUCUGACACUUCUCAAGGACUCAAACCAGCUCAAUCUUCCCGCACCAGGGCAAUUCCUUAUACUCGGUGUCCUUAAUGAGUUUAUAAUGAAAAAUCCAACCCUGGAGAACAAGAAAGACCAGAGAGAUCUCCAGGAUGUGACCCAUAAGAUCGUAGAUUCCAUUGGUUCAAUUGCAGGUUCAUCCUUGGAACAGACUACUUGGUUAAGAAGAAAUUUAGAAGUAAAGCCAUCACCCAAGAUAACAGUAGAUGGGACUAAUCUAGAGUCUGAUGUUGAAGACAUAAUGCUGUCUCCAGCCAUGGAAAUAUCACACAUUACUCCUUCAGUUUACAGUGUACAUGCACUAACGUUGCUGUCUGAGGUCCUUGCUCAUUUGUUGGAUAUGGUGUUUUACAGUGAUGAGAAAGAACGUGUCAUCCCUUUACUAGUAAAUAUCAUGCACUAUGUGGUACCCUAUCUACGAAAUCAUAGUGCCCAUAAUGCUCCGAGCUAUAAAGCCUGUGUACAGCUGCUAAGCAGCCUCAGUGGUUAUCAGUAUACAAGACGGACAUGGAAGAAAGAAGCCUUUGACCUGUUUAUGGAUCAGAAUUUCUUUCAGAUGGAUGGGUCCUGUGUUAAUCACUGGAGGGCAAUUAUGGACCAUCUAAUGACACAUGACAAAACCACUUUUCGUGAUUUAAUGACUCGUGUAGCAGUGGCACAGAGCAGUUCCCUCAACCUGUUCACUAACCGCGAUGCAGAGUUGGAGCAGCGAGCAAUGCUUCUCAAGAGGUUGGCCUUCGCUAUCUUCAGCAGUGAGAUUGACCAGUACCAGAAAUUUCUCCCAGAUAUACAAGAAAGGUUAGUAGAGAGCCUACGGUUGCCACAAGUGCCCACUCUGCAUUCACAAGUGUUCCUGUUUUUUCGAGUCCUUCUUCUCAGGAUGUCUCCUCAACAUCUCACCUCUUUGUGGCCAACCAUGAUUACUGAACUGGUGCAAGUCUUUUUACUUAUGGAGCAGGAACUUACAGCUGAUGAUGAUAUCACCAGGAUCUCUGGGCCAUCUGUUGCUGGUUUGGAAACUACUUACACUGGUGGCAAUGGGUUCUCUACAUCUUAUAACAGUCAGCGAUGGUUAAACCUCUACUUGUCUGCUUGUAAAUUCCUUGAUCUUGCCUUGGCCUUACCCUCUGAAAACCUUCCACAAUUUCAAAUGUAUCGUUGGGCAUUUAUACCAGAAGCAUCAGAUGAUUCUGGAUUGGAGGUUCGAAGGCAAGGGACACAUCAGAGGGAAUUUAAGCCCUAUGUGGUACGGCUAGCAAAGCUACUGAGGAAGAGAGCAAAGAAAAACCCAGAAGAAGACAUCUCAGGGAAAACAUUAGACUGGGACCCGGGCAAUCUGUUGCUAACCAUCUCCACCAUCCGCAGCAUGGAGCAGCUUCUGCCUUUUUUUAAUGUACUUAGCCAAGUCUUCAAUAGCAAGGUAACAAGCAGAUGUGUUGGAGACUCAGGGAGCCCAAUUCUUUAUCCAAACUCUUUUCCCAACAAGGACAGCAAACUGGAAAACCAGAAACUGUUCUCCAGCAAAGCGAGACAAAAAAUCGAGGAGAUGCUUGAGAGAGAUUUUCUAGAAGGGGUAUUGAAGAGCUGACCAGUUUCAGCUGACAAAGCUGACUGAGAUACAUUUCUGUGUAUAUAGAUUUUUUUACUUCAUAUGUACUGUAACAAACAUGCUCUUCUCACUUAAUUUAAAUAUUUUUAUUUGUAAAUAAAAGCAAACUUUCUGGAUGUGGCCUAAAUCAUGUUAAUAUGUUGCCCUACCUUAAUUAUGGUGCUUAACUUAUAUGUCUUAUGUUGCUGUUCAUUGCUUUUUUUUUUUUUUUUUUAAAGCAAAAUAUAACUUUGUCAUUUUUU